AUGGCGUCUCGUCAACAAACCCGAAUCCAGGCUUACCUGGAGAAAAACAAGAUUGGUCCUCUGUUUGAGGAAUUAAUGACCAAGCUAAUAACUGAGACACCUGACCAGCCAAUGCCAUUUCUCAUUGACCACCUUCAGUCUAAACAAGGAAACCGAGGACAACUGCAAAGAACCCUGUCUGGGUCGGCAGCUCUCUGGGCAGAAAGUGAAACAUCAGAACCCAAAGGAACAAGAAGGGAUUUUAGAAGCUAUGAUAAACCUUGGCAGUUGAAUGCAAAGAAGCCUAAAAAAUCAAAAAGCGACCUUGCUGUGUCUAAUAUUUCUCCUCCAUCACCAGAUUCCAAGUCAUUGCCAAGGUCAGUAGAACAUCCUAAGUGGAGCUGGCGGACUAAACCACAAAGCCGUGAUUUUGAUGAAUUGAACCACAUCCUUCAGGAGAGCAAGAAGCUGGGGAAAGCCCUUGAGAAUCUCUCCAGAAGUAUUGCGAUUUCAGAUGAACUUGAUAAGGAAACAAUGGCUUUUAACUCUUCUCUUCUGAGACCCCGCGUGAUUGGGGAGUGGAUUGGCAGAGCAGAAAACGAUGCUGAUCCCCUUGCUGCUGAGAUGCUGCAGCCCCCGGUGCCAAGGAGUAAGAAUGACCCAUGGGAAAGUGAAGAGAGCUGCUCGAGCCCAGCAGGAAGCUUAAAGAUGGAGCCCAAGACUAAAGGAUUAAAACAGCAGCAGCAGCAGCACAAGAAACUUCUGGCUGCUAUGCUUUCCCAGGACUCCUUUGAGUCCAUCCAUAGCCCCACGCCAUCUGCAAUAGAAGACGACAUUGACAAUGAAGAUGAUGCAAUGGAGUUGCUGGAAGAUCUAGAUGACUUAAGAAUGGAGGGCGUAACCACCCUGGUACCUUCUGGGAGCAAAUUUAACCAAGGUCGUCCUACUCACCCUGCGGAGCCACAGGCCAAAGUCACACUGAACAUCUGCUCAAGGUGUGCCAGGCUUCAAGGAGACAAUCUGAUGGAAAGGGCAGAAGACACACUGCAACCAUUUCAUUCUCCAGAGGAGCGAAUUCCAGAUUCAUUGGAUUCUUUACCUGGGACUGAAGAAACUCUCAUGGAGGAAGGUGAAGAUCUUGAGAAAACAUCUAAAUUAACAGAACAUGGAGAAGACUCCAGUGGAGGGCAUUCUUUGAAAUCCUACAUUGAGGAAGAUGAGUCUUUAAAGCAAUUGCAGGUUGUGCAUCAACCAUGGCUCUUGCCAAGUGACACAGAAAGUGAAGGAGUUGAAGCAGAGCAAGAAAAACGUACUGCUGAUCUUCUUUGUGUCCCAUGCUCUUCUUGUCCUACCCUGAUCUACUCUGGUCUGUCUGUGAAACAGGCAAAGGACAUUUCAAGUGGUCCUUAA